AGCACCCGCGCCGCCAGAGCGCCGGGGCCGGCUUCACUGCCCCGCCGGGCGCGGGCAGAAGUUCGCGAGAGGGGAGUCCGACUGCGAGGUGAGCCAUGACCACUCUGCUCUUGGUCCUGGUGGCUCUGAGAGUCAUUGCGGCAGCCGUCUCUGGGGACAUCUCAGACCUUGACAACGCGUUGAGUGUGAGCAUCCCCCAGCCAUCCCCAGUGCGGGCCCUACUGGGGACCUCGCUGACCAUCCCCUGCUACUUCAUCGACCCCGUGCACCCCGUAACCACCGCACCUUCCACGGCCCCCCUCACCCCGAGAAUCAAAUGGAGCCGGAUCUCCAAGGACAAGGAGGUGGUGCUGCUGGUGGCCAACGAGGGACGUGUGCGCAUUAACAGCGCCUACCAGGACAAGGUCUCGCUGCCCAACUACCCGGCCAUCCCCAGUGACGCCACCCUGGAGAUCCAGAGCCUGCGCUCCAACGACUCCGGGAUCUACCGCUGCGAGGUGAUGCACGGCCUUGAGGACAGCGAGGCUACAUUGGAGGUGGUGGUGAAAGGUGUUGUGUUCCACUACCGGGCCAUCUCCACGCGAUACACCCUGGACUUCGACAGGGCGCAGCGGGCCUGUCUACAGAACAGCGCCAUCAUCGCCACCCCAGAGCAGCUGCAGGCUGCCUACGAGGAUGGCUUCCACCAGUGCGACGCAGGCUGGCUGGCUGAUCAGACUGUCAGGUACCCCAUCCACACACCCCGGGAAGGCUGCUAUGGAGAUAAGGAUGAGUUCCCUGGCGUGAGAACCUAUGGCAUCCGGGACACCAACGAGACCUAUGACGUGUACUGCUUCGCAGAGGAGAUGGAGGGUGAGGUCUUUUACGCAACGUCGCCAGAGAAGUUCACCUUCCAGGAGGCAGCCAGUGAGUGCCGGCGGCUGGGCGCCCGCCUGGCCACCACAGGCCAGCUCUACCUGGCCUGGCAGGCCGGCAUGGACGUGUGCAGCGCUGGCUGGCUGGCUGACCGCAGUGUGCGCUACCCCAUCUCCAAGGCCCGGCCCAACUGCGGCGGAAACCUCCUGGGCGUCAGGACCGUGUAUGUGCACGCCAACCAGACGGGCUACCCUGACCCCUCGUCCCGCUACGACGCCAUCUGCUACACAGGUGAAGAUUUCAUGGACAUCCCAGAAAACUUCUUUGGAGUGGGCGGUGAGGAGGACAUCACGGUCCAGACGGUCACCUGGCCUGACGUGGAGCUGCCUCUGCCCCGGAACAUCACUGAGGGCGAAGCCCGAGGCAGCGUAGUCCUCACUGCGAAGCCGGUCCUGGACGUCUCCCCCACUGCGCCGCAGCCCGAGGAGACGUUCGCCCCUGGCGUUGGGGCUACCGCCUUCCCCGGGGUGGAGAACGGGACUGAAGAGGCCACCCGGCCCCGCGGCUUUGCCGACGAAGCCACCCUUGGCCCAAGCUCUGCCACGGCCUUCACGAGCGCGGACCUGGUGGUGCAGGUGACCGCUGCCCCUGGUGUGGCUGAGGUCCCUGGACAGCCACGCUUGCCAGGGGGGGUCGUGUUCCACUACCGCCCGGGGCCCACCCGCUACUCACUGACCUUCGAGGAGGCCCGGCAGGCCUGCCUGCGCACAGGGGCGGCCAUGGCUUCGGCGGAGCAGCUGCAGGCCGCCUACGAGGCCGGCUACGAGCAGUGUGACGCCGGCUGGCUGCAGGACCAGACCGUCAGAUACCCCAUUGUGAGCCCACGGACUCCCUGUGUGGGCGACAAGGACAGCAGCCCGGGGGUCAGGACCUACGGCGUGCGUCCACCAUCAGAAACCUACGAUGUCUACUGCUACGUGGACAGGCUCGAGGGGGAGGUGUUCUUUGCCACGCGCCUUGAGCAGUUCACCUUCCAGGAAGCACUGGAGUUCUGUGAAUCCCACAACGCCACACUGGCCUCCACUGGCCAGCUCUAUGCCGCGUGGAGCCGUGGUCUGGACAGGUGCUAUGCAGGCUGGCUGGCCGAUGGCAGCCUCCGCUACCCCAUCGUCACCCCGCGGCCUGCCUGCGGUGGGGAUAAACCCGGUGUGAGAACCGUCUACCUCUACCCCAACCAGACGGGCCUCCCGGACCCACUGUCCCGGCACCACGCCUUCUGCUUCCGAGGUACUUCAGAGGCACCCUCCCCAGGGCCGGAGGAGGGUGGCACAGCCACACCUGCAUCUGGCCUGGAGGACUGGAUUGUCACCCAGGUGGGGCCUGGCGUGGCUGCCACCCCCAGAGCAGAGGAGAGAACCGCAGUCCCCGGCUUCGCCACUGAGCCAGGAAACCAGACAGGAUGGGAAGCAGCCUCCAGCCCAGUGGGCACAUCCCUGCUGCCAGGGAUCCCUCCCACGUGGCCUCCAACUGGCACGGCAGCCGAGGGGACCAUGGAAGGUCUUUCCACAGCCGCAAUGCCUUCUGCCUCUGAGGAGCCGUACACACCCUCAUCGCUGGUGGCCAGGGAAACUGAGUUGCCAGGUCUUGGGGUGACAUCUGUGCCCCCCGACAUGAGUGGAGACUUCACAAGCAGUGGAGAAGCUUCAGGACUCUUUGGCCCCACCGGGCAGCCCCUGGAGGGUAGUGCAAGUGGCCUGCCCUCUGGAGAGCUGGACUCCGGCAGUCUCACCUCCUCAGUGGGAUCAGGUCUGCCUAUUGGAAGUGGACUGGCCUCAGGUGAUGAAGACAGAAUUCAGUGGUCCAGCUCUACUAAGGUUGGUGGAGUGACUUCUGGAGGAGAGAUUCUAGAAACUUCUGCCUCAGGAGUUGGGACUGACCUCAGCGGGCUUCCUUCUGGGGCAGAGAUUCUAGAGACUUCUGCCUCAGGAGUUGGGACUGACCUCAGUGGGCUUCCUUCUGGAGGAGAGAUUCUAGAAACUUCUGCCUCAGGAGCUGGGACUGACCUCAGUGGGCUUCCUUCUGGAGGAGAGAUUCUAGAGACUUCUGCCUCAGGAGUUGGGACUGACCUCAGCGGGCUUCCGUCUGGGGCAGAGACUCUAGAGACUUCUGCCUCAGGAGCUGGGACUGACCUAGGUGGGAUUCCUUCUGGAGGAGAGAUUCUAGAGACUUCUGCCUCAGGAGUUGGGACUGACCUCAGUGGGCUUCCUUCUGGGGGAGAGAUUCUAGAGACUUCUGCCUCAGGAGUUGGGACUGACCUCAGUGGGCUUCCUUCUGGGGGAGAGAUUCUAGAGACUUCUGCCUCAGGAGUUGGGACUGACCUCAGUGGGCUUCCUUCUGGGGGAGAGAUUCUAGAGACUUCUGCCUCAGGAGUUGGGACUGACCUCAGCGGGCUUCCUUCUGGAGGAGAGAUUCUAGAGACUUCUGCCUCAGGAGUUGGGACUGACCUCAGCGGGCUUCCUUCUGGAGGAGAGAUUCUAGAAACUUCUGCCUCAGGAGUUGGGACUGACCUCAGCGGGCUUCCUUCUGGAGGAGAGAUUCUAGAGACUUCUGCCUCAGGAGUUGGGACUGACCUCAGUGGGCUUCCUUCUGGGGGAGAGAUUCUAGAGACUUCUGCCUCAGGAGUUGGGACUGACCUCAGUGGGCUUCCUUCUGGGGGAGAGAUUCUAGAAACUUCUGCCUCAGGAGUUGGGACGGAACUCAGCGGGCUUCCUUCUGGGACAGAGAUUCUAGAGACUUCUGCCUCAGGAGUUGGGACUGACCUCAGUGGGCUUCCUUCUGGGGGAGAGAUUCUAGAAACUUCUGCCUCAGGAGUUGGGACUGACCUCAGCAGGCUUCCUUCUGGAGGAGAGAUUCUAGAAACUUCUGCCUCAGGAGUUGGGACUGACCUCAGCGGGCUUCCUUCUGGGGCAGAGAUUCUAGAGACUUCUGCCUCAGGAGUUGGGACUGACCUCAGCGGGCUUCCUUCUGGGGCAGAGAUUCUAGAGACUUCUGCCUCAGGAGUUGGGACUGACCUCAGCGGGCUUCCUUCUGGGGGAGAGAUUCUAGAGACUUCUGCCUCAGGAGUUGGGACUGACCUCAGCGGGCUUCCUUCUGGAGGAGAGAUUCUAGAGACUUCUACCUCAGGAGUUGGGACUGACCUCAGCGGGCUUCCUUCUGGGGUAGAGAUUCUAGAAACUUCUGCCUCAGGAGCUGGGACUGACCUCAGCGGGCUUCCUUCUGGGGGAGAGAUUCUAGAAACUUCUGCCUCAGGAGCUGGGACUGACCUCAGCGGGCUUCCUUCUGGGGCAGAGAUUCUAGAGACUUCUGCCUCAGGAGUUGGGACUGACCUCAGCGGGCUUCCUUCUGGGGCAGAGAUUCUAGAGACUUCUGCCUCAGGAGUUGGGACUGACCUCAGCGGGCUUCCUUCUGGGGCAGAGAUUCUAGAGACUUCUGCCUCAGGAGUUGGGACUGACCUCAGCGGGCUUCCUUCUGGGGGAGAGAUGCUAGAGACUUCUGCCUCAGGAGCUGGGACUGACCUCAGCGGGCUUCCUUCUGGAGCAGAGAUUCUAGAGACUUCUGCCUCAGGAGUUGGGACUGACCUCAGUGGGCUUCCUUCUGGAGGAGAGAUUCUAGAGACUUCUGCCUCAGGAGUUGGGACUGACCUCAGUGGGCUUCCUUCUGGAGGAGAGAUUCUAGAGACUUCUGCCUCAGGAGUUGGGACUGACCUCAGUGGGCUUCCUUCUGGGGGAGAGAUUCUAGAGACUUCUGCCUCAGGAGUUGGGACUGACCUCAGCGGGCUUCCUUCUGGGGGAGAGAUUCUAGAGACUUCUGCCUCAGGAGUUGGGACUGACCUCAGCGGGCUUCCUUCUGGGGGAGAGAUUCUAGAGACUUCUGCCUCAGGAGUUGGGACUGACCUCAGCGGGCUUCCUUCUGGGGUAGAGAUUCUAGAGACUUCUGCCUCAGGAGUUGGGACUGACCUCAGUGGGCUUCCUUCUGGGGUAGAGAUUCUAGAGACUUCUGCCUCAGGAGUUGGGACUGAUCUCAGCGGGCUUCCUUCUGGGGCAGAGAUUCUAGAGACUUCUGCCUCAGGAGUUGGGACUGACCUCAGCGGGCUUCCUUCUGGGGUAGAGAUUCUAGAGACUUCUGCCUCAGGAGUUGGGACUGACCUCAGCGGGCUUCCUUCUGGGGCAGAGAUUCUAGAGACUUCUGCCUCAGGAGUUGGGACUGACCUCAGCGGGCUUCCUUCUGGGGGAGAGAUUCUAGAGACUUCUGCCUCAGGAGUUGGGACUGACCUCAGUGGGCUUCCUUCUGGGGGAGAGAUUCUAGAGACCUUAACUUCUGGAGUUGGAGACCUCAGUGGGUUGUCUUCUGGAAAAGAAGGCUUGGUGGGAUCUGCAUCUGGAGCUUUGGACUUUGGCGAAACUCUAGGAAGUGGACAAAUUCCAGAAACAAGUGGCCUUCCCUCGGGACAUAGUGGAGAGUACUCCGAGGUCGACCUGGAAAGUGGCCCCUCCUCCGGCCUGCCUGACUUCAGUGGGCUUCCAUCUGGGCUCCCAACUGUCUCCCUGGUAGAUACUCCAUUGGUGGAAGUGGUCACAGCCACCACUGCACGUGAACUGGAAGGGAGGGGGACCAUUGGCAUCAGCGGUGCAGGGGAAAUAUCUGGACUUCCCUCCAGUGAGCUGGACGUUAGUGGGGGGACCAGUGGAGCUGAGAUUAGUGGUGAAGCUGAUGUUGGUGGGGAGACAUCUGGACUCAUUGUUAGAGGACAGCCAUCAGGGUUCCCCGACACCAGUGGGGGAGCCUCUGGAGUGACCGAGGUCAGUGGACUGUCCUCUGGACAGCCAGAUCUCAGUGGAGAAGCAUCUGGAGUUCUUUUUGGGAGUGGUCCACCAUUCGGCAUAACUGAUCUGAGUGGAGAGCCCAGUGGGCAGCCAUCCGGUUUGCCAGAUUUCAGCGGGACGACGCACAGAAUCCCUGACCUGGUUUCUGGAGCCACAAGUGGUAGUGGUGAAUCUUCUGGCAUUGCCUUUGUGGACACCAGUGUGGUCGAAGUGACACCUACUACACUGAGAGAAGAAGAAGGCUUAGGGUCUGUGGACCUCAGUGGCUUCCCUUCUGGGGAGACAGGGGUGUCAGGCAUGCCUGAGACCAUUGAUGUCAGUGGACAGUCCUCUGGAACAAUUGACUCGAGUGGGUUUACGUCCUUGGCUCCGGAAGUCAGUGGCUCACCAAGUGGAGUAGCUGAGGUCAGUGGAGAAGCUUCUGGGACUGAGAUCAUGAGUGGCCUGCCCUCAGGAGCGUUUGACAGCAGUGGACUUCCAUCUGGUUUCCCCACUGUUUCUCUAGUAGACAGAACUUUGGUAGAAUCCGUAACCCAGGCCCCAACAGCCCAAGAAGCAGGAGAAGGGCCCUCAGGCAUUUUGGAACUCAGCGGUGCGCACUCUGGAUUGCCGGAUGUGUCUGGAGCCCAUUCUGGAUUUCUGGACCCAAAUGGACUACAGUCUGGGCUGGUGGAACCCAGUGGGGAGCCACCACGCACUCCGUAUUUUAGUGGGGACUUUCCUAGCACCCCUGACGUGAGUGGAGAAGCCUCUGCAGCCACAAGCACCAGUGGGGACGUCUCAGGACUUCCAGAAGUUACUUUAAUCACUUCUGAAUUCAUGGAGGGUGUUACUCAACCAACUGUUUCUCAAGAACUUGGCCAAGGACCCCCUGUGACCCAUGUCCCAAAGCUUUUUGAGUCCAGUGGAGAAGCCCUUGCAUCUGGGGACAUGAGUGGAGCUGCACCAACCUUCCCUGGGUCUGGACUAGAAGCAUCCUCCGUCCCAGAAUCCCACGGCGAGACAUCUGCCUAUGCUGAGCCUGGGACGAAGGCAGCUGCUGCACCUGACACCAGUGGAGAAGCCUCUGGGUUCCCUGAUUCUGGUGAAAUCACCUCUGUUUUCCGUGAAGCUGCUGGUGAGGGAGCCUCAGGCCUGGGGGUAAGCAGCAGCUCUCUGGCCUCUCAGCAAGGCCCCAGGGAGGGCUCAGCUUCCCCAGAAGUGAGUGGAGAGUCUACCACCAGCUAUGACAUGGGCACAGAGACAUCGGGCCUGCCUCUGGCCACUCCCACAACUUCUGAAGACAGAGCUGAAGUCAGUGGAGACCUAUCUGGCCGCACGCCGGUGCCGGUGGACGUUGUCACCAAUGUCCCAGAGGCCGAGUGGAUCCAGCACAGCCAGCGUCCUGCAGAAAUGUGGCCAGAGACCAAGUCCUCAAGCCCCUCGUACUCAGGAGAAGACACGGCUGCAACAGCCACCUCUCCAGCCUCUGCAGACACGGCAGGUGAACCAGGGCCCACCACAGCAGCCCCCAGGUCCUGUGCUGAAGAGCCCUGUGGCCCUGGAACCUGCCAGGAGACAGAGGGACACGUCACAUGCCUGUGCCCCCCUGGCCACACUGGCGAGUACUGUGACAUAGACAUUGAUGAGUGCCUUUCAAGCCCUUGUGUGAAUGGAGCCACCUGCGUGGAUGCCAUCGACUCUUUCACAUGCUUAUGCCUUCCCAGCUACGGAGGGGACCUGUGUGAGACCGACCAGGAGGUCUGUGAGGAGGGCUGGACCAAGUUCCAGGGCCACUGUUACCGUCACUUCCCUGAUCGCGAGACCUGGGUGGAUGCUGAGGGCCGGUGUCGGGAGCAGCAGUCACACCUGAGCAGCAUCGUCACCCCGGAGGAGCAGGAGUUUGUCAACAACAACGCUCAGGACUACCAGUGGAUCGGCCUGAAUGACAGGACCAUCGAAGGGGACUUUCGCUGGUCGGAUGGACACCCCCUACAAUUUGAGAACUGGCGCCCCAACCAGCCGGACAACUUCUUUGCCACUGGGGAGGACUGCGUGGUGAUGAUCUGGCAUGAGAAGGGCGAAUGGAACGAUGUUCCCUGCAAUUACCACCUACCCUUCACGUGUAAAAAGGGCACAGUGGCCUGUGGAGACCCCCCCGUGGUGGAGCACGCCAGGACCUUUGGGCAGAAGAAGGACCGGUACGAGAUCAACUCCCUGGUGCGGUACCAGUGCACAGAAGGCUUCACCCAGCGCCACGUGCCCACCAUCCGGUGCCAGCCCAGUGGGCACUGGGAGGAGCCACGGAUCACCUGCACACACCCCACCACCUACAAGCGCAGAGUGCAAAAGCGGAGUUCCCGGACCCUGCAGAGGAGCCAGGCCAGCACGGCGCCCUGAGGGACCUCCAGGUUGAGUCGGAUGCUGAGCCCAGGAGCCCACCAGGCUAAGAGUGCGUCCCACCCAGACGAUGUCCUCUCAUUGCCGCUUUUUGCCAUAUAUGGAAUCCCAUUAAAGAAGAAAAACAUAAAUCCCACACAUGUAAGCACCACACCCCACCCGCCCCCAGAUCACCAAAACUGCAUCUAAUUUGUCCCCCAAACGCCAAAGCCAAGCACUUCCUGCAACCCACGGACUGAGGUUAGAGACAAUCUCCCGUCGUGCCUUUCCAGGGACCAGGGCAGGGACAGGGGAGAGGGGGAGGGGUUAAGUUAAAUAAAGAAGAUUAUUUUUUGUUUCCUGACUUUAUCCAAGAGCAGUGCAAUGUUGGUUAUUUCACCUCCAGGGAGAGCUAGGGAGGUGGGAGGAGGGGCCAGAAGGAGCUGGAAGGGGCAGAGGCCCAGGGGCCGGACCGGAGCCGCAGCUGAAUGUAUUGGAGAAGGAGCUGGGGGGGGGGGGGGUGCCCUCUGCGUGGGGCCAGGGAGCCAUCAGGGGUCAUGCUCCCCUGCAGGGCUCCUCCUCUCCUCUCACCUGGUUCUGCCGCCGGUGGGAGUCUACCUCGGCAGGGCUGGAUGGGGGCACUGCUCCCCUUCCCUACCCCCAUCCCCGGGACCGUGCAGGCACCAGGGUUCCGUGCACCUAUUUAUAUUUUUGGAAACUAAAGAUUAUGAUAAUUAUAAUAAUAAAGACUUUGG